UCUACUCUAUUCUACUCUAACUAGUUAUGACCCAUCCGACACGGCCAAAACUGGUGCGGAUAAGGUGUGAAGAGACGAGGUUUUUAACCCUCUCUUAUCUCUUUUUUUUCAUUUACUUUGAGAAAAUUACUUUGAUUCCUGCCGAAGGAGGCCAAAAAGAAAAACCAUGCGUGCCAGGAACGCCCACAUGGGAAAAGAAAAAGAACUCCCCCGGGGUGAGCCCACCUUGCCGUACAUUACUCCCGCAAGAUUCAACGCCCAACCAGCUGAUGAACGGAUAAGCAAACCGGUGCAGGAAGACAAAGUCUAUGAGUAAGCUAGCCCCAGUUACGAAUCAGCCCCGCCGCCGUACAACAUGCCGUUUCAUGGAUUCGCGAAAUCGACGCCUUUAUAUAUCCUCUUCAUUUUCGGCUCCACCCAUACCGUCAAUAGGAAACGCUAGAAAUGAUGAGUCAGCACGCUGCAUUCGAAGCAUCAAAAAUAUGGCUAGGCUCCAAACUGCGGCACACAGCCAGGGAAUAUAGAGAUUUAAGGCAAUAAAAGAACUUAAAUGAAGGAAAUUUGACUCUUCGUAACAUCGUCCUGUUGAAUCUUCGCACAACUGAUGAUUCAAUCGCAGUUGUUCAAUGGGACCAUAGCACUGAAGCUACCGGUUGCUGUGAUCAGCACGUAUAAAGGCCCUUGGGAAUUUUGGAUUCCCGUAUAUCUACUGGAGUAAGGCCACGUCGCUUUUUACCACCAAUAAUGCGAUCGAUGUCUGCGCAAGCUUCUAAUCGAAA